UUCCGCUGAGGUAAUUUGUCCCUCGUCGGCGCCCGUCAGGAAGUUGCCAAGGAAGAACUCGGAGACGCUGAAGGAAAAAGCUGACAGUCGCUAUGGCGGCGGCGGCGGCGGCAGCUGCGGCGGACACGCUGUGGGAAGACAGGGACGUCCGCUUCGACAUCUCCCCUCAGCAAAUGAAAAUGAGACCAGGAGAAGUUCUCAUUGAUUGUUUGGAUCCUAUUGAAGAUACCAAAGGAAACAAUGGAGAAAAAGGCAGACUCUUGGUUACAAACCUACGAAUUAUUUGGCACUCUAUAGUAUUGCCUAGAGUCAACCUCUCUGUUGGUUACAAUUGCUUUGUGAACACAACAACAAGAACUGCUAACUCAAAAUUAAGAGGCCAGACUGAAGCACUUUACAUUUUAACGAAAUGCAACAAUACACGUUUUGAAUUCAUAUUUACGAAUGUGGUUCCUGGGAGCCCCAGACUUUUUGCCUCAGUUAUUGCUGUACACAGAGCUUAUGAAACAUCUAAAAUGUAUCGUGAACUUAAACUGAGAUGUGCAUUGAUCCAGAACAAGCAAUUGAGAUUGUUGCCAAAAGAACAAGUAUAUGACAAAAUUAAUGGUGUCUGGAAUUUAUCUAGUGAUCAGGGAAAUCUGGGUACCUUUUUUGUCACAAAUGUAAGAGUAGUUUGGCAUGCUAAUAUGAAUGACAGCUUUAAUGUCAGUAUACCUUACCUACAAAUUCGUUCAGUAAAGAUAAGAGACUCAAAAUUUGGCUUGGCCCUUGUCAUUGAAAGCUCUCAAGCGACUGGAGGUUAUGUGCUUGGGUUUAAGAUUGACCCCGUUGAAAAACUAGAGCAAACCGCUAAAGAAAUAAAUUCACUGCAUAAAGUCUUUUCAGUUAAUCCUAUAUUUGGAGUGGAUUAUGAAAUGGAAGAAAAGCCCAAACAGCUAGAGGACCUGACAGUGGAGCAGGUACAGGAUGAUGUGGAGAUAGAAGCAGAUGAGCAGACAGAUGCUUUUGUGGCUUAUUUUGCUGAUGGAAACAAGCAACAGGACCGUGAACCUGUUUUUUCUGAAGAGCUAGGACUUGCAAUAGAAAAACUAAAAGAUGGAUUCACACUGCAAGGACUCUGGGAAGUAAUGAGUUGACAUUAAUAUAUAAAUAAGUAUAUUUAGUCGCGCUUCAGUACUUUUUAACAAAGAGGCUAAAAUACCCAUUUUAUGGAGAUUUUAUAAAAGAAUAAAUAAUUGUAUACAGUGUAUAGUUUCCAAUAGGAAUUAUAUUUGUAAGAUAUAUUUAUGUACUGUAUUUUUAAUAUGUGUAUGGUGCUUUAAGUUUUAAAUUAUUUGUUUAGAAUAUUUGUAUUGAUCUCAUAUAAGUCUAAAUUGUGUUAUUUAACAAAAUAAAAUGAGAAAAGAUGUGA